CCUUUCGUCUUCUCUCCAUAGAACCCCACCUUUGGCUCCCGGAAAAUGGCCAAGGUGGUGGUUUAUGCGAUACUAGCUGCCACCUUCAUCGUCCUUGUCCUCUUCGCUCAUAAGAAACAAAACCGGACUCAAUCCAUUGAGGGUCUCAUAAGCCGCCGCAUUGGACGCAGGCUUGAAAUGCCCGUAUUUGACCCUCUGGUGACCCGGAUUGAGCGGUUGUCUCAUGAGAAAGAAGCUGGUACGAAGACCGUGGAGGCUGCAAAGGAGGAGGAAGAUGAUAUGUUUGAGGAGUAUUUUGCACAAGAGAGAAGGCUUAACACGACAAUGAGGAUCAAGUUCUUGUUCCCUCUGCUUGACGCGGCACCAAGAGAUGGCUUCGUGAGCUUGAAAGAGCUUCAGACAUGGAUGAUGCAGCAGACAGAGGACAACAUGGGUUACAGAACCGCCAAAGAGCUUGAGCUACAAGAUAAGGACAAGGACGGUGUCAUAACCUUUGAAGAGUACUUGCCUCAAUUCUCUAAGCAAGACAUUGAGAAAAACGAGAAGGGUCACGGUGAAGCCGGUUGGUGGAUGGAGCAAUUCAAGAAUUCCGAUUUUGAUCAUAAUGGCUCCCUCGACAUUGAAGAGUUCAACAAUUUCUUGCACCCUGAAGACAGCAGAAACGGAGAUACUCAAAGAUGGGUUCUAACGGAGCGAAUGACGGGCAUGGACACGAACGGUGAUGGGAAGCUAGAGUACAGAGAGUUUGUACAGAACACAUACGAAAUGUAUAAAGAAUUCGCAAAGUUCGAGACAGAGGAGGAUGAGAAUGUGCCAACAGCUCAGCUUCUGUUCGCAGAGCUGGACAGGAACAAAGACAGAUUCCUCGUGGCCAAUGAGCUUCGACCCAUUUUGCAUUAUCUUCAACCUGGUGAGAUGAGUUAUGCCAAAUACUAUUCUACUUUCCUUUGCCACGAGGCGGAUGAGGAUAAAGAUGGUAAACUAUCACUUGAAGAGAUGUUGCGCCACGAAGAUGUGUUUUACAAGGCAGUUCAUCACGAAGAACUGGACGACGAAGACUAUUUUGAUCAUGAUGAACUCUAAUUUUUGUGUGUUUUCCUUCAACUUUUAAUCAAUUUCUUUUUUUUUG